AUGUCCCACUCGCCGUCUAUUGCUAGUGCCCUCCGGCUAGCCUCUCAAACAGUCGUGCAGACAUUUUGGAUAUUUUGUGAAAACUCUUCGCUCCAUGGGCUGCGGUACAUUGGGCGCAACAAGGCAACGAAGGGCAAUACGCCGCUACGGUUCGUGUGGAGCGUAAUCGCGGUAGUAAGCUUGGGAUUCACGCUCUUCCUCUCCAGCUCGGCGUGGGAUCAGUUCCGGAGCAAUCCCACGUUGACCACGAUCGAGACGACCUCCUAUCCGGUGUCGCUGAUUGCUUUCCCAGCGGUUACGCUGUGCAACAUUAACAAGAUACACUCUACCAAGGCGGAUGAGCUUGGAGCGAAGCUAGCGAAGCUGGGAGUGCAUAUAAAUGACACGAUAGACGUGAUUUACUCCCUGCCCCGGCUGAAUGAUUUACGUCCGAUCGAUCAGCGCAUCGUCGCGAUAGAGGAGCAGCUCCGCUCGAAAGGAUACGACACGGAGCAGCUAGCAUUCGAGGUUGCACCCCCGUGCGAGACGAUGCUGGUGCACUGCUUCUGGCUAAUGCAACCGGUACAGUGUCGUACUCUGUUUCGGCGGACGAAAAUCUUCGCCGGCUACUGCUGCUCGUUCAAUGCGGACCGCUUUCUGGAGCCGGUGUUUACGCGCGCGAAGGAACCGGAUGAAGCGCCGCCCCAGGAAAGCCUCCACGUGACGGGCAUUGGCAAGGGGGAAGGACUUUCCGUGCUGAUGGAUAUCGGCGAGCAGUACUAUACCGCCUCGAACCGGUUCUCCUACGGCAUCGAGGUGUUUGUGCAUCGCUCGUUCGAUUUUCCCGACUUUUCCGACUAUACGACCAUCGUGCAGCGGGGCACCGAGACGGAUGUGUCCGUGCUGCCCACGCUCGUGACGGCGAGCCCGUCGCUGAGGAGCAUUGCGCUAGAAAAGCGUGGCUGUGCGUUUGAGGAUGAAGGUAAUAGUACGGUUGGCGUACCGUACACGUACAGCAACUGCAUGAACGAGUGUGAGCUGCGGUACACGGCCAGCGUUUGCCGGUGCAUUCCGCUGUUCAAGCAGACGGUUGAGCUGCAGGCCGAACUGAAGGUGCCGAUCUGUGGGUUCCGGGAGCUGGGCUGCCUGCUGGAUUUGAAAGAUCGAGUCAGCUUUACCUCGGAGCAGGUGGCGGAGAUGAUCGGUACGGCAACGCAGCGGUCCAUCAUUAAGUGCCGUUGCUUUCCUAGUUGCAAUAUAGAGAAAAACGAAGUCCACACCAUCACAAACUCUAUCUCCAACCCGAAGAAAGACUUUUACGUACCAGAGUUUAAUUUUUCCGCAUACGGUGUGCUGCACGUGCACUUUCGCUCGACCAACUGUCUGAAGUAUAGGCGCGAACCGUUCGUCACCUGGCAGACGCUCGUCGCUACCUUUGGCGGCAUCCUGGGGCUCUGCUUUGGAGGAUCCAUACUAAGCCUGAUCGAGGGUUUGUUCCUUUUCGGCGUAAUUCCCUUCACGGUGUACAGCGCACUGAGAAACGGGAAUGGUAAAGCUGUCGGGCCUAAAGUUAAUACCAUUUCCUACGUGGACUACCCGGGCCAUCAGCCGAUGGGAUAUUUUAGACGCAGGGAAGUUAUGGCCCGUGCUUUGAAUAGCAAUAGUGACCCGAUGUGGACGAUAGGGAACAGGAUCCAUCCGGACGCAAGGCGCUGGAAGCAGCACCAAAUUGAUGAGCUGAAAAUUAUACCAUAA